GGGGGCUGAGGGACAAUUAAUUAGGCUAAGUGCACACUGCAGGUUAUAGCUCAAUGUUUGACGAAAGUGGUCAUUCGAUGUUCUAGUUUCUAACGGAUAAGAUGGCGCAGACGGAAGAUACUGUUCAACCCCUACUGCAGCAGUUCCAACAACUGUUCUUUAUAUCUAAGAUAGCCGGAAUUCUUCCACAGGAUCUCGAGAAAUUUCGCUCUAGGAAUCUGCUGGAGAAAUCUCGCAAUGGAAUGAUCUACAUGCUGUGUACUCUGAUUGUCUAUGUGGUGCUCUAUAAUAUUCUCAUCUACUCCUUUGGGGAGGAGGACCGAACCCUCAAGGCCUCGCAGAGCACCUUGACUUUUGUGAUUGGCUUGUUUCUGACCUAUAUUGGUCUGAUCAUGAUGGCCACUGACCAAUUGACUGCCUUACGAAAUCAGGGCAGGAUUGGUGAGCUUUACGAACGUAUUCGCCUCGUGGACGAGCGUCUUUACAAGGAGAAGUGUGUGAUAGACAACAGUACCAUUCAGUUUCGCAUCCGGAUCAUGCUUAUUAUGACAGUCGUUUUUGAGUUGUCCAUUUUAUUGGCCACCUAUGUCAAGCUGGUAGACUACAGUCAGUGGAUGUCCUUGCUUUGGGUAGUCUCUGCCAUUCCAACGUUUAUCAACACACUAGACAAGAUCUGGUUUGCUGUUUCGUUAUAUGCGUUAAAAGAACGUUUCGAGGCGAUCAAUGCCACACUGGAGGAGCUGGUUGCCACGCAUGAGAAGUAUAAGCUGUGGCUCCGAGGCGACCAAGAUGUAGCACCUCCUUUGGAUAGUUCUCAGCCACCCCAGUACGACAGCAAUUUGGAGUAUCUGUACAAGGAACUGGGAGGCUUGGACAUGGGUUCGAUUGGCAAGAGUUCAGUGGGGGGCUCAGGAAAAAAUAAGGUGGCACCUGUUGCUCACUCCAUGAACUCCUUCGGUGAACCAAUAGAUUCUGCUACCGGUAAACCUCCUCCACAUCCCCUAGCCUCCAAUAUGAUUCACGAAAGCGAACUGGGAAAUGCCGCCAAAGUAGAGGAGAAACUGAAUAACCUGUGCCAGGUUCAUGACGAGAUCUGCGAGAUUGGCAAAGCCUUGAACGAACUGUGGAGCUAUCCUAUUCUAUCCUUGAUGGCGUAUGGAUUCCUUAUUUUUACUGCACAACUGUAUUUCCUUUACUGCGCCACUCAGUAUCAAUCGAUUCCAUCUCUUUUUCGCUCCGCCAAGAAUCCCUUCAUCACGGUCAUCGCCUUGAGUUAUACGUCCGGGAAGUGUGUGUAUCUCAUCUACCUGAGCUGGAAGACUUCGCAGGCCUCCAAACGCACUGGAAUCAGUCUGCACAAGUGUGGUGUGGUGGCCGAUGAUAAUAUUCUCUACGAAAUAGUUAAUCACUUGUCGCUGAAACUUCUAAACCACUCAGUAGACUUCUCCGCCUGUGGAUUCUUUACCUUGGAUAUGGAGACACUGUAUGGCGUGAGUGGCGGGAUCACCAGCUACCUGAUCAUCUUGAUUCAGUUUAAUUUGGCCGCCCAGCAGGCCAAAGAAGCAAUUCAGACAUUCAACUCUUUGAAUGACACCGCUGGAUUAGUUGGUGCGGCCACCGAUAUAGAUAAUGGCAGUUCCACGCUGCAUGACCUGGUGACUACUACCAUGCUGACACCGUCAGGCUAAAUCUAAGCCUUUUUCGAUACUUUUAAAUGUUAACAGCACAUCUUAGCACCUUUAUUUUAAUCAAUACCACUAAAUAAAUCUUCAC